UUAAAAGGGAAUUCUGUAAGUAACAUCUUCAGAAGGUGUUAAAGACAGACUAUUCUGCUUGAUACAAACAGGAUUGAAAGAGAAUUGAAAAGGAAAUUCCUCAAUAUGUGAUUCAUGUUAGUAUUGCAUUCUUUUGCCUCUAAAAUAAUUUCUCAUAGCAGAAGUGUGGUAGGAAUUCUACAAAAUGAGAGACGUUGAAUGAGGAAAGAAGAGAUUACUCAAAAGCAACUCUGAAGUAGAGGACCCAGUUGUAGUGAGCUUUUUGCUAAGCUGUUUCAGCCCAGAACGGCUAUGGAAUCCAGAGCAGUUUCAACCCCGGUACCUCAGAAUUCUCAGGAACAAGAGCUAAUACUAGUGAAAGUAGAAGAAAGCCUUUCUUGGGGUCAGAAACUUAAGCAGAAUGGAAGUACCCGAUCCUGCCAGGAAUUGUUUCGCCAGCAGUUCAGAAAGUUUUGCUACCAGGAGACACCUGGGCCCCGGGAGGCUCUGGGCCGACUCCAGGAGCUUUGCUGUCAGUGGCUAAGGCCAGAGUUGCACACGAAGGAGCAGAUCCUGGAGCUGCUGGUGCUGGAGCAGUUCCUGAGCAUCCUGCCUGAGGAGCUGCAGAUCUGGGUUCAGCAACACAGUCCAAAAAGUGGCGAGGAAGCUGUGACUCUGUUGGAGGAUUUGGAGAGGGAAUUUGAUGAUCCAGGGCAGCAGGUCCCAGCUAGUCCACAGGGACCAGCAGUGUCAUGGACGGAUUUGACAUGUCUUGGAGCAUCCCAGGAGUUAACAAACAUUGAACUCCAGCCUUUAAAGACACAGCUGAAACCCUGGGAACCUUGCCUUUCCCCCAGAAGUGAUUGUGAGAACAAUGGAUCAGCAACAAAGAAGGACAUUUCAGGAGAGAAAUCGCAAAGACUUCCGCAGGAGCCUUCAUUUGGAGGAAUUAGUGAACAUGAAAGCAGUUCAGAGUGGCAGCAAGGAAGUGCUACAGGGGAGAAAUUAAGAAGAUCCCCUUCCCAAGGGGGCAGUUUUAGUCAAGUAAUCUUCACAUACAAAUCUCUAGGAAACAAAGACCAUCCUGAGCCCCAGAGAAGCUUGAUUCUAAAUACAAACUCUAUAACGUAUCAGAAAGUUCCUACAGAAGAGAGACCUUACAGGUGUGAUGUAUGCGGGCACAGCUUCAAACAGCAUUCUGCUCUAACACAACAUCAGAGGAUCCAUACUGGAGAAAAGCCGUACAAAUGUAGCCAGUGUGGGAAGGCCUUUAGUUUGAGGUCCUAUCUUAUUAUUCAUCAGAGAAUUCAUAGUGGUGAGAAAGCAUAUGAAUGUAGUGAAUGUGGGAAGGCCUUCAACCAGAGCUCAGCCCUCAUUAGACAUCGGAAAAUCCAUACUGGUGAGAAAGCUUGUAAAUGUAAUGAAUGUGGCAAAGCAUUCAGUCAAAGUUCAUAUCUCAUUAUCCAUCAAAGAAUUCACACUGGUGAGAAACCCUACGAGUGUAAUGAGUGUGGGAAAACCUUUAGCCAAAGCUCAAAGCUUAUUAGACACCAGCGAAUUCAUACAGGAGAAAGACCUUAUGAAUGUAAUGAGUGUGGAAAAGCUUUCAGGCAGAGCUCAGAGCUGAUAACCCAUCAGAGAAUACAUAGUGGAGAGAAACCCUAUGAAUGUAGUGAGUGUGGAAAAGCCUUCAGUCUGAGCUCAAACCUCAUCAGACACCAGAGAAUUCACAGUGGAGAGGAACCUUAUCAGUGUAAUGAAUGCGGCAAAACCUUCAAAAGGAGCUCAGCCCUUGUUCAACAUCAGAGAAUCCACUCUGGGGAUGAGGCUUACAUAUGUAGUGAAUGUGGGAAGGCUUUCAGGCACAGAUCAGUCCUCAUGCGCCAUCAGAGAGUCCACACUGUAAAGUGACUUAUGAAUACUGUAAAUACU